UACAGGUGAGUCCUGCUUUUGCUAAGUCAUCCUGAGAACUCAAAGGCCCAUUGUGAGAUCUUCUGUCCUUCCUAGGUCCUCCUUCCUCCCCACUCCCUUGAGAGACCUGUAAGUGGGUGCACAGCACUCUGCAAGACUCACUCUGCGCUUCACCAUGGCCUACAUCGCCAAGUCUUUCUAUGACCUUAGUGCCAUCAGCCUGGAUGGCGAGAAGGUGGAUUUCAACACCUUCCGAGGCAGGGCAGUGCUCAUUGAAAACGUGGCCUCUCUCUGAGGCACUACCACCCGGGACUUCACCCAACUCAACGAGCUGCAAUGCCGAUUUCCCAGGCGCCUGGUGGUUCUUGGUUUCCCUUGCAACCAAUUUGGACAUCAGGAGAAUUGUCAGAAUGAGGAGAUCCUGAACAGUCUCAAGUACGUCCGCCCGGGGGGUGGAUACCAGCCCACCUUUACUCUUGUCCAAAAGUGUGAGGUGAAUGGGCAGAAUGAGCAUCCCGUCUUCGCCUACCUGAAGGACAAGCUGCCCUACCCGUAUGAUGACCCUUUUUCCCUCAUGACCGAUCCCAAGUUCAUCAUUUGGAGUCCAGUGCGCCGCUCAGAUGUGUCCUGGAACUUUGAAAAGUUCCUCAUAGGGCCGGAGGGGGAGCCCUUCCGACGCUACAGCCGCAUCUUCCCCACCAUCAACAUCGAGCCAGACAUCAAGCGCCUCCUCAAAGUUGCCAUAUAGAUGGGAGCUGCUCCGCACACGAUCUCCUGCUCUAUCCAGUCCCUGAGUUUUCUUCCCCAGGAUGCAGCGUCCCCUUGGGAGCCACUGCUGGACCGAAGCCUUCCCUCCAUGUCACCCCUUCAUUGAAGAGCCCUGCCUCUCCCAUCUGCCUCUUUCCUUUUCCUCUCUUAACCCUCUGGAGACCAACUUGGGGCUCUAAGACUGGGCAGGCUUUGGGCCUUCACAGAAUGAUGGCACCUUCCUAAAUCCUUAUGGGUGGUGUCUGAGAAGUGUGAAGGGCCCAUGGCCAGCCUGCCGGAUGAGUCCAAUAAAGGGCUGAUGUAGAAAUG